AUGUUACAAAUAAUACAAUCAAGAGAUCAAUUAGAGAUUAUACGGCAUACAAUUCCAUAUUUUAUACCCAUUUCAGACAUUGAACAAGGUUAUUUAAAUACUGAUAUUCAGCUAUUUUUCACCAAACUGUUAAAAUAUCUGAAUGCUUACACAUCAAGAAAAGAACAGGUCAAGCAAAUUCAAACUUUGUACAGUCAUUUUCUUGUUGGUGGUAUUKCUGCUAGUUCUGCAUUUGACUAUGUUGAAUUUACACUCCAGGUCCCAAAAUAUCAAAAUWCUACCAUUGGAGUUAAACUGUCUUAUGAAAGUCUCACUGAUAGAUAUCCRAAGAAAGUUAAUUGGGAUGUACAAGGAAGUGAUAAAGAAGACAUGCAAGGAAAUUUAAUACCAAAACUAAAAAACUUUAAGGACUCAACCUUAGCUACAGUCAUAAAUAGUAUWUUAAAUUCAGAUGAUUUCAUGAAUUGAUGAUCUGUACUAACUGUAAUAAAAUUUGUUAAUAGAGUACAAACAUUAAAUGUGUGCAAUACUUUCCACUAUUUACUACAAAAUAGUGUUAAUUAAACAAUAGAAAACAAUAGAAUUAGCAUACUUUUAAGAGUAUUUAGUGGUAUUUAUGUUGCACAGUUUUAGUGUUUGCACUAGACCUCAAAGUGUAUUUGGKCAGCAAGUUGAUGGUUCCUGAGGAACUUGGACAAAUGGACUAUAAAUUUUUAGUCGAGAAGUAGACACCAAUGUUGUUAGUGCUUUCUGCUUUUUUCACUGCUCUCAUCAAUAAUCUCAUCUCAGUUUUGAAGAUGGUAUGUCAAUCUGCAUAUAAAACAUUAAAAACUGUACUAGUA